AUGGAGACAGGCAAGGCUGCCCUAGGCAAGAUGGGGGGGACCUCAGGCAACCACAGAGCGCCCUUGAAGACAUACUCUCGUCGCAAACCCCACAAUACCUCAGAGCAAACCCCAGCAAAGAGAAAACGCGCAGAAGAACCUCAAUCUCCUGAAGAGCUACCUCCCGCGAAGAAAUUCGCGCCUUCUUCCAUCAAAAAUUACUUUCAGCCGCUGUCCAGCUCUUCAAGCCCCGCGCAAACCCGAGCGGCUCAUCAACCUUCAGACGAUCUUGCCUCAAGAUCGACGCCUCCUUCGUCUCCUCCGACCUUUACCCCAUCUUCACCCUCGCCGAAGACAGCCAAGCCACCGCGCCAACUUCUACGGCGGAGAAAGCGGCCGAAACGAAGACUUACAACAAAACUCGAUCUGUCACCUAUCAAGAUGUCGACCUCUGAGAGUUCAGUCCUUAUGAAUUGCUGCAUCGAGGGCACAUGCCAGCAUGAUAACAACACUGCUCGCCUCGCUCGCAACGAGAAAAUCAUGUCAGCCAAGUUUGACGAAGAAGACGGCUACACGAACACCAUCGACAACAUUCAAGUCCCACCUCUGGAUGAGGUGCUCGCCGCAAUUCCCCUUACGUUCGAGCAUGGACGACGUACCGCAAAGAUGAUUCAAACCCUGAUUUCAGCAGGCCAGAACCCACCAAGAUGUUCGGUCUGCAAGCUCCCCUUCAAUGCCAACAACGCAGAGGACAUUAUCACACACAAAAUGGUUCACAACAAUAUUGAAUUCUUGAACUCAAACAAGCAUGAUCUCUCCGUUAUUACGGAUCCAGCCUGGACUCGCGACGUUGGCUCGUCUCACAAGAUCACGUUUUGCAAGUUUGAUGAGCACGCUUCGUUGACUGUUCGAGAGUUCGCCAUUGAUGUCGUCAGGAAUAAGGUUGAUCGGGCCUUGGGAUAUGUAGGAUACGAAUCCAAUGCUAAUGCCGAAGCUUAUGAACUUGGUCGCGAUAUGUUGUCAGGAGUAGCCAAAGUCUACAUUGCCUUCGUUGGACCACCAGGACUUAAGCCCGCCCUGCGCGCCGUUGGUGUGGUUGUUGUGAGGAGGGCAAUGGCGGCAUCGCUCUACUCUCGGCAGGAUGGACAAGAGAAGUGGACUGCCCAGGAUCAUGAAUGUGACAUGAUCGUCGAUCGGAUCUGGGUUGACGAAGAGUACCGCAAGCUGGUCCCGAUGAGCGAUGAGCCACAACACCUCGCCACCAGACUGGUUGACUUUGCCCGCCUCAACUUCUAUUACGGCUACACAGUCGCGAAGGAAAAAACUGCUUUCUCACAACCUACCUCGAGUGGUUACCGCUUCGCCUGUCGCUAUUUUGACGGUGUAUGGGGUCCUGGAGAGCUCCUCGCUGUGAAGCUAUGA